AUGGAUACUGCUCAUCCCACAGCAAGCUGGGAACAGCUCGGUGAGCGCUUCUACCGCAAGAUCCAAUUAUACACCCAGGUCUUCGACCAGGACUUUGACCUGGACAACUACAUUGUUACCGGUGCUCCUUACGGCGGCGCCAUUGCGCUGUACCGCGAUGACGAGAAGUUGGUCGCUUACCAACCCUCAAGGUCUUCCCGGCCAACUAUCGACAUCUGCAGCCUUUCGGGGAAGCUUCUCAGGCGUAUAAGCUGGGAUCAGGGCCCCAUAAAGGGAGUUGGUUGGUCUGAAGAUGAGAAGCUCCUGAUUGUUAUGGUCGACGGCACCGUCAGAUGUUACUUCGACUUGCAAAGCGAGUUCACACAGUUCUCUCUCGGUCAUGGUGCUGAGGAGCAUGGUGUUAAGUCCUGCCGAUUCUACUCUCAUGGCUUGGUAGCCCUGCUGGGCAACAAUGCCUUGGUAUCUGUUUCUUCUUAUGAUGAGCCCCGCCCGAAGCUCCUCGCCUCACCCCCCGAAGGGCGAGUUUAUUCCUGGAACAUCAUACCGCCGGCCUACUCCCUCUCGCGGUCAGUCGAGGUGUUACUAAGUGUCAACCAGACCAUCUACGUAUGCGAUGCUUCCGAGUGCGAGGACCGCUUCUUAGACAUCGGCCCCUUCAGCCACAUCGCCGUUUCUCCAAAUGGCAGGUUCUGUGCCUUGUACACAACCACUGGCAAGGUUCAUGUCAUCACCAGCGACUUUCAGUCCCGUUUAAGUGAGCAUGACACCAAGUCGAAAAUUGCUCCGAAUUACUUCGAAUGGUGUGGCAAUGAUGCUGUUGUCAUUGCCUGGGACGACGAGGUCCAUCUCGUGGGUCCCAGUGGUUCGCUGGCUCGCUUCUUCUACGACAGUGGCCGGAUUCACCUUAUUCCUGACUUUGAUGGGGUUAGGAUAUUGGCCAACGAUAGAUGCGACUUCCUUCAGAAGGUGCCUGAUGUCAUCGAGGAAGUCUUCGGUCUAGGCGCUGACUCACCGGCGUCCAUUCUCCUUGAUGCUGUUGAACAGCUAGAGAUGAAAUCCCCCAAAGCGGAUGACAACAUUCAGCUGAUCCGUCCUCACCUUGUUGAGGCUGUGGACACAUGCGUGAGCGCUGCUGGUCAGGAGUUCAGUAUACACUGGCAAAAACAGCUUCUCAAGGCGGCUUCUUUCGGUAAGUCCGUUCUAGACAUCUACAACAGCGAUGACUUUGUCGAUAUGUGCGAAACCCUGCGUGUCCUGAAUGCAGUCCGUUUCUACGAGGUUGGCCUACCACUCUCCUACGAGCAAUACCAGCGCCUUUCGCCAUCAGGCCUCAUCUCUCGCUUACUGAAUCGUCAUGAGUACCUCUUGGCUAUACGUAUUGCCGACCAUCUCCGUCUACCUACAGAUAAGAUCCAUGUCCAUUGGGCCUCAGCAAAAGUGAGGCUCGGAUCCGAGGAUGAUGAUACUAUCUGCCGAAAGAUCGUCGAGAAGUUAUCCGGAAAGCCAGGCAUCUCCUUUGAAGUGAUUGCCCGGACAGCGUACGAGGAAGGAAGAACACGAUUGGCCACCGAACUCUUGAAUCAUGAGCCACGUGCGGGACGUCAGGUUCCGCUGCUACUCAGCAUGGAAGAGGAUGAGCUUGCCCUAGAUAAAGCCAUCGAAAGUGGCGACACGGACUUGAUCUACUUUGUCAUCCACCAGCUUAGGCGAAAAUUACCCCUGGCUUCCUUCUUCCGAGUCGUAAGCAGCCGACCAACUGCUAGCGCUAUGGUUGAGGCCCUAGCACGCAACAGUGAUGGCGAUGGAAACGAGGAUACUGCGCUCCUGAAAGAUUUGUAUUACCAGGACGACCGUCGUUUAGACGGUGCUUCGGUGUUCAUUCGCGAAGCGUUGCAACAGCCAGAAACCCGGACUGCCAGCGACAAGCUUGACCUCGCAGCGAACCUGCUGCAAGGCAACCAGAAGGAACAUGUAUUUGAGCUCGGAGCUCUGAAGGAAGCGAAGAUGCUAUUACUGAACCAGACCAUGUUCAAACUGAUUAAACUUGGGUAUCAUGGGAGAGCCAAGAAAAUCCAGAGCGAGUUCAAAGUGCCAGAAAGGGUGGCUUGGUGGAUUCGACUACAAGCGCUUGUGGCCAAACGCGACUGGAACGAGAUUGAGGAGAUAUCCCGCCAGCGCAAGAGCCCUAUCGGCUGGGAGCCGUUUUUCAACCAGGUCUUGCAAGCUGGCAAUCCUCGACUAGCAGCUACCUUCAUACCCAAGUGCACCAACCUUGAACCCGGCCAGACCAUCACCAUGUAUGAAAAAUGUGGGAUGCGGGUCAAGGCUGCCGAAGAGGCCGUCAGACUCAAGGAUACUGAGGCAUGGAACAGGUUGCUUGAGGCUGCGGGCAGGAAUACGGCCGAGGGUAGGGAGAUCGAGAGGCUUGGGGCUACUGUGUUCAAGAAAUAA